UAUAACUAUUUAUUUAAUUUAAAAAAGAAUAUACGCAAAUGUUAUUGCAAGAAAAGAAUUAAUGAAAACAAGCUUGUGCUAUUUUAACUAUUCAAUUAAAAAAAUGCAAGAGUGGAAAAACUGGUGUAGAUUUUGUGCUUCUAAGGAAAUAAAUGAAAUCGAUAUAUUUUUUAAAAGCUUUGAAAAUAGUUGCAGCAUAGCAGAAGAUUUGGAAAGGUUAUGCAAUUUAAAGUUGGAAAGUACAAAUGAUUUACCUUCAAAAAUAUGCAACAAUUGCAAUCUUAGCAUAAAAAAUUUAAAAAAGUUCCUCAAAAUAGUUUUUAGGACUCAAAAAAUGUAUGUUGAAUUUGUUGAAGACUAUAUGAGUGACCACGAUCAAUUACGUAAAAAAUACAGAUUACCUUGUUUUACUGAAAUCAAAACUGAGUCCGAUUCUUUUAUAGAAGACACAUGUCAAUUUAAUUCUGAUUUCGUGAAUGAAAGAAAUGAAUCUACUCAGGAAAAUUCAAUAACUUCUAAUGAAGGCUUUGAUAUCUAUAUUCAAGAAGGAUUUGAAGAUAUCGAAGCUUUAAAAGAAGCAGAAGAAUCUUUGAAUGGUACGUUUUCAAAUCGUCUUGAAAACAAAAUUUGUCCAACAAAAUCAGAUGAAAUUAAAAAAACAGCAGAUUCAGAUGAUAUUUUGAAAAAAAGUAGAACAAAUAAAUUAAAAAUUAGAAAAGAUCGGGACGAGAAAUGCACAGAAUUCCAAUGUAAAAUAUGUGAAAAAUUAUUUUCAAAUCAGGGUGGCUUAACGGUUCAUAUGAAAAUAAAACACUCUAUAAUGAAAGAUCCAUAUAAAUGCUCGUUUUGUGAGAAAACAUUUGAAAGAAAAUCACGAUUAGAAAUUCAUGAAAAUGCACAUUUGCCCUCUGAAGAACGUAAACAACUAUCGUGUCCACAUUGUGAAAAAAAGUUUAACUCAGAGAGUGGUAGGUGGUCACAUAUACACUCGGUUCAUGAUAAGAAAAAAGCAGUUAUAUGUGAAGAAUGUGGGAAAGAAUUUUCUACAAAACAUCAUUUAGUCAAACAUAAAAUUAGUCAUUCUCAAGAAAAAAAUUUGCAAUGCCCACAUUGUCCUGCUAAAUUUAAAGCAAAAGUUGGAUUAACGGCGCAUAUAGAAAUUCACGGCGAAUCAUUUCCUUGUGCAAUAUGUGGUGUUCUUUUGAAUACCAAACAAUUAUUAAAAAAGCAUAUGAUAGUGCAUUCUGAUGUAAAAAAUUUUAAAUGCAAUUUUUGUAACAAGGACUUUAAAAGAUCUAAAGAAUUAAACUAUCAUUUGAUAACUCACAUUGGUAUUAAGCCUUUCGAAUGUAGGAUAUGUAGUCAAAAAUUUGUACACGAUAUGACAUAUCGGCGACAUUUGAAAGCUACACAUCCCAUUCAGUUUGCUGAUAUGGUUGCAAGAGGUGAGCGAAUAUCUUCUCGUAAUUUUCCUCCCCCGGAACAACUAAAAGCAAUAAAUGAAGCAGCUAAGCAUACUUGAUAAUCAAAAUGACGGUUAUAAACAAUUUUUGUACAUUCUUUUUUUAACACAUACGUGGAUAAAUUAAAAAAAAAAUUUCAAAAUAAUAUUAUAAGUAAUACACUUUUCUAUUUUAUAUAGAAAAAUAUAAAAUUCUAUAAUUUCUAUUCUAUAUAGAAAUUAUAAAACAAUUUAAAAGAAAUUAAUUUUUCAAUGAUUCGAAAUGAAAACGAAAAUGAUUCACAAAUGUCAAGAAAAAGGUGUCCAGGUUCAACCGCUGAUAUUGUUUUAUGUCAAGGUUUUUCAUUGAAAAAAUAUUGACGUUAUAGUCGUUAUCUCCCCAUUUACACGCUGCCAAAAAUAAUAUGAAAACAGCAUUCAAAAAAUUCUUCAAUGGUUGAUAAUUUUUCCGAAAUAUAAUUCUUUUUUUUUUGGUAUGAAAAGAAAACUUCCUUUUAUUCGGAGAAAAUCAGCUUUGAAAAAGUGCGUAUGUAGCGCACGAAAUAUAUUAUCAAA